AUGAAACGAGUGAACGACUUCACUAAGAUGACCGAGUUUGUGGCACAAAUCCCUCAGGGAAGAAAUCGAUACAAGGAUGUCGGAUGUCUCGACAACGACCGUGUUGUCCUAAAGAUCGGGCCGGUUUCGUAUAUUCAUGCAAACUACGUGUCAACACCAGUGAAUCCCAAGCGCUUCAUAUGCACGCAGGCACCAUUACCAAAAACGUGUCCAGAUUUUUGGUAUAUGGUGGUGCAAGAAAAGUCCGUUGCUAUCCUCAUGUUGUGCAACUUUGUUGAACAGAAUGCGAAAAAAUGCGCUGAAUAUUUUCCCACAGAAGAGGGGACACCGCUCGAAUUUGAUGAGGUCAGCGUUGUUUUGAAGAAGCAAGAACAGUUCCCAUUUCCAUUCGACACAAAAGUGAAGGUUAUGGUACGCCAACUAGAGGUAACCGUACCUGGACAGCCUGUGCAUGUGUGUUCCCAUUACCACUGGAUGGAUUGGCCGGAUCGAGGUGUACCUGAGGCCGACUUAGCCCCUAUAGCUCUACUUGCUAAGCUGAAAGAAAACACCGCGCCAAUUAUCGUCCACUGUUCCGCCGGUAUUGGACGAACAGGAUCUAUAGUUCUCAUUGAACAUGCCAUGGAACUGCUUCAUCAGCCGGCUCCCUUGCUUGAAAUCAAGGAUUACCUAGUAGAGCUACGAAAGCAGAGGAACAAUAGCAUUCAGACCGAGCACCAGUAUCUGUACAUCCACCAAGUCCUGCUACUAUACCUGAAGAAGACAAAGUAUCUGGAUGAUAGUGUCACACCCUACUUGGACGCAUUCACAAAAGAUUACGUUGCUGCUACAAGAGGCUUUUAA